AGGCAGGCUUCUGGUGUCUGACUGGUUCAGUCCCACCCGUACAAGUUAUGUUGACUUAAUAUUUUCAUUACUUUAAAAGAACAAAUAACUGCAGCAGGAUUUUGGGCCCCUGGAAGACUGAGGAAAUUUAGACUGAGGAAAAGGUGAGAAUCAGAAGAUACAUCCUGUCUGUCCAACAGUUAAAGUUCUCUGCUAUUGCCACUUGAUUCUGAUAGGUUGGAGGCAGAGAGAAAACUGCUCACCACAUAGUCUUUCUACUUCCACCACAAGAAAGCACAUCUUAAACAGGCUGUAGAAUGUCGACCAUUGGCAGCUUCGAAGGGUUCCUGCCUGUGUCACUGAAGCCAGAUGGAGAUGAUCAGCCCUCAGAAAGAGACAGUCUACCAACUGAAGAGGGGAGUUCAGGCAGAAAUUCAGCACCCAGCAGAACGGCAAGGCAGCCUAGUGUGACUGAGUCAGUUCUCUACCCAAAUCCAUAUUCUAAGCCACAUGUCACCCGCAAAUACUUUGUUACUCGGCCAGGGGCUAUGGAGACAGCCAUAGAAGAUUUAAAGGCCCAUGUCGCAGGGACGAUGGAUGAAGUCAUUCGAGGUUUCUGGCUCUUAACAGAAGUGGACCAUUGGAACAACGAGAAGGAAAAGGUGGUGGCGAUCACUGACAACACUUUGCUGAUCUGCAAAUAUGAUUUCAUCAUGCUUAGCUGUGUCCAAUUUCAACGCAUCCCUCUGAGUAGCAUCUGUCACAUCUGUCUGGGCAAUUUUGCCUUCCCUGGGACAUCCUUGGAUAAGAGGCAGGGAGAAGGCAUCCGCAUCUUUUGGGGAAAGAGUGAGGAUCAGUCCCUCUGGUCCCGCUGGAAUCCUUGGUCCACAAAAGUUCCUUAUGCUACUUUUACAGAGCAUCCCAUGAAGAAUAGCAGUGAAAAAUUCAAAGAAAUUUGCAAGAUGUCUGCCUUUACAGCUAAACUUGUGCCUGCUGUUCAGAACGCUCACAAGACCUCCUCAGAACCUGGAAGAGGAAAAGGAGUCAUGGUCUCAACAGAACCAAUUCUCAUUGAGACCUACACUGGUCUGAUGUCAUUCAUUGGGAAUCGCAACAAACUGGGCUAUUCCUUGGCCCGAGGCAGUGUGGGAUUUUAAAAUCACAUUCCUGUAUAAUGAGGGCUAUCAAAAGACAUGAAGUCAUUUUAGGGUUCCUGGGCUAUUUUCCUUUGCAGUUCUGUAAGUCACCUUUCCUUACAGUCACCUCUCCCUCUCCUCCAUCCCACAAGAUUUAUGACACACAGACUUAUUUUCUGUGCUGCUUAAUUUUUACCAAGAAGUAUGAAAGUUGUAUAAACUAAGAUAGUGUUUUAGACCUUUAUACAAAGAUUGAGAUAACAAUUAAAGUAGAAAUUCAUUAUCAAAUUAGUGUCUGAAUAUGAAGUAAGUUCCAUGUACAAAUAUAUUCUCCUCCAAUCUUAACUUUUUGUGGAGGUAUAUCCAUUCUCAGGAUCUCAGUCAUCCCCCAAGCUCUAUGUAAUGGGCUCCCAAAUUGAUGGCCUCCAUCCUUACUUCUCUCUUCUACCCCAUCUCCCAAUGUCUGCCAGAUAUUUCCACCUGGAUAUCCAGAUCACCUCAAACUCAACAUGUUCUGCAAAGAAAACAUAGUGUUUCCACAGCACUGUUGUUUAGUGGCAAGGGCCGUAGAGUCAGAAUUGAUGUAUCUGUAUUCUAGAAUUGAUCAAACUUUACUUGUGACUUUGGGCAAGUUCUUUCUCAUUUCUGUACCUCAAUGUGUUCAUAUAAAAAUGAUAGUUUGAAAUUUGAUAAAUUCUAAAAUUAUUCCAAUUAAUAAUUUUAUGAUUUUAUAUAUAUUUUCAUUAUUUCCCAUCUAAGCGAUUUUAGUGGCCAUCUUACUGAUUGUCCAUCUGAUACUCACUGACCACAUGUAAGCCUAUUAUUAUAUGGUCACUUCAUUAAUCUUCCUAAGGCAUUCCCUUUGCAAAUGAUGAUGAUGGUGGUGGUCACGAUGAUGAUGAUGAUGGCAAUAAUUGUAGAGUAACUUAAGAUAAAUGAGGCAAUUUAUGUUAUCUUAUUUGUUCUGCACAACAACCCUAUUAUUAUCCAUAUUUUAUAAAUGAAGAGACUGAGCCAGAGAGAGGAUAAUGAUUUUCCCAGGAUCAGACAGCUAGUAAGUAUCUCAGAAUUUGAACCUCCUUGCUCAGAAAACCUUGAGCAUUUAACGACAUAAUAGUAUCUCCAGUUUCUCAUACCAAUUUCUUCCUCAUACAUGCGUGUUCCUAUGAUUUUGCCUUUGCAUGUGCUAUUCUUCCUCUCUGGAGAACUCCCUGUGUUUUUUCCCAUUGGUGUGAACCCUACAUUUUAAAGUUCAGCUCAGCCACAAUGGCUCCUCUCUAGGACCACUUACCAAUAGCCUCAUGUUUGAGCAGAACAGCUUUAUUUCAACUCUUUCUGCCUUGAUUCCCUUUGUAAGUCAGUUCAUUCUUGCCAUAACCCUUUGUGCUGGCAUUUUGCAUUUUUAUGUAUGUAUUCUAUCUCUUCAAGAAGAAUGUAAAUAAGCCCUUAAGAGUAGGUAUCAUAAAUUGCACCUCCUCUUAGCCCUAGCAGCUUAGUGUCUUAUUUACACUAGUCAUCUCAAAAGAUAUUGCAUAAUUCAGAGCUUAAGAAUUAAAUCAGGAAACCUUGGGAUUUUGUUUGCUUUUUAAUAGUCAUAUGAUUUGAGGCAAGUGCAUCAUACUUUUUGUGCCUUACUUUUCCCAUCUGUAAAGAGACAGGGACAAGGGUACCUAUUCUGACUGUGUCAUCAAAUUGCUGUAAAAACUCCACAAAACCCAUAAAUAACAUUCUUUAUAAAGCACUGGAUAAGCAUCAGCUACUGGAAAAUGGAAAUAUACCAAUCAUGAUUGGCACUGAUAACGGAUGGCUGAUGAUGCAGUUGACAAUGAUAAUGGUAGAGUGGAGUGAUGGUGAUAAAGGUAAUGAAUGCAGCAAGAAGUUGAGGAGUGCUGCAACCAAAGCCAACAAGACUUUUUAUCUGAUAAAUGUUGGCGAUGAUUUGGGGAAGACUGUUACACUAAUGCAUUGUUGGUGGAGUUGUGAACUGUACCAACAAUUCUGGACAGUAAUUUGGAACUAUGCCCAA